AUGGAUCAUCCCGAUGUCCCAACAGUCUCGAUCGUUUCACCGAAAGAGCUUGUUCGCCUCCGCCGAGUUCACAACUUUCCCUCGGCGAUCGAACUCAUUGUCCCGGAUAGAGGAAAGACGCCGAAGACCGUGCGUGCGGGCUAUUGCGUCGCAUACACCCCAUUUUUUGAUGCAUGCGGGCUUUCCUUCCCAAUUCCGCUGGGUCUUCUUGUUAUCCUGGCAGAUCUGCAGUUGGCGUUUCCGCAGAUGAACCCUAACUUCGUCCGCCAUGCCUUGGCGUUGCUGGUUAGGGCGGCGGAGUCUCGAAUUCCUUUUGGAAUUAACGAGCUCCACCGAGUUUGCUCUAUUAAGAGCAAUUCAUCCUUCCCGGGAUCGUUCUAUCUAUCUCCUCAAAAGAAUCGAAGCAUCUUCGAAGACAUUCACGCUCGCGACGAUCGCUGGAAGGAGAAGUAUUUCUUCUUUAGGAUCAACGAAUACUCCGUUGGGUCUUUCGAUUUCAGUCGGCUACCGACUGUUUGGUCUCCGAGAGUUGUUGUUCCAACGAACACGGGCUUAGACAAACCGCUGCUUGCUGCUUUGAAGGACGGUGACUGUUCGUGGCCCAAUUUCACGAGGGAGAGGAUUCAUCGUGCGCUUGGAACGGAUAACCCGCAACUCGCUAUCGCUCCAGAUCCCGAGAUUGACCCGUUGAACCCACCUUCCAUCAACCGUCCCGCUAAUUUCCACCAGAUCCUGAUUGGUACCAGCCGUCGGGAAGUCCUAGACGCAACCUCUUCGAGUACCUCACAUCAGCCUUUGAUCCGCAGGCCAUCUAAAGAAAAAAUGACUAGGAGACCAUCAGCUCGCGAGGCCGAAAAGGCAAGGAAGAACAGGGCUCAAGCUGGGAGCUCCGAGCUGUCCGUACUGACUCCGGCCGGAGUUCUUCCCGCCGACCCAACAUCGAGGGCUAUCUCGCUUAGUUCGCGAGAUUCCGAGAAGACUUCGCGUUCAAAGAAGCAAAGGGUGGAGGAUCCGGCUCCGGAUAGGAGGUCGAACUCCUCAAACGGGUCAGGUGGAUCGAUCCCGUAUGGUUGGACUUUCAACCAUACUAAAGGGUGUCCAAUCGCUGAUGAUCCGGAGGGGAUAGCUUUCAUUUUCCGGCACUUCAAGCCUCCGGGUUGCGUGCUGCCCCCAGUUCGGGAUAUGGCGGAGCAUGCCGCCUAUGUGAAGAUGAUGGCUGCUCACGGCCGGGCUCUUGAGGCUGUCAACGAGUACUCUGCCGUACUUGAGGACAAGUCUCUGACCAUGCCCACCUCCGACGAACUCGAGGAGAUGAAGAAGACUGUGUUCGACCUUUCGUUGAAGGUCAAGAACGCGGAAGACAAGGAAAAACGUCUGGAGGCCCAGCUUCGAUCUGCGAAGACGGUGGCGGACUCUGCGAGCCGGUGUGCUGACGAUCUGACCGAACAGGUUGUGGUCUCAAGGAGGAGGUCGAUGCGAGGGUCAGGCGGGCUGUUAGGGAGGCAAAGCGGGAGUUCACUGAGAAAUAUCUGGCCAUCUUCCAUUCUCUUAAGGAUAAGUGGGAGAAGAAGAAGGUCGAGGCUGCAUGAUCUGAUCAGCGGAGCUCUCACAGCUCCGGACGAAAAAGCUUGCUUCGAAGAGAAGAUUCCUGAGCUUGCUCAAAAGCAUGCUGAUGCUGAAGUGUCUGAUUUCUCCCUCGCCAAGCUCGAUCUCCCGCAGAUCUCGGAGGCGUCGGUGAGACCGAUGGAGGUUGAUCCAAGGACGCAAGUUCCGCUCGGGUUUAAUCAGUUUGGGAGUAACGCCGCUGCUGGAGGUGGAGACGAGCUUGUUGGUGACUCGGCGAUCCCGAUGGAGAAAGAUGAUGGCGAGAACGAGCCUAAGGAGUAA